CUACAAAUGUUUCCUGUUGCAUUAUUGCACAGAACAACACGUACAGUCUGUCGAAUGACUGUGCUCAAUCUGUCCUUCGCUGCGUGUGGUUUUUUGGGCAUCUACCACCUGGGAGCUGCGGGAGCUCUUCUUCGCCAUGGGGACAAGCUGCUCGUCUCGCUCAAGUCCUGUGCAGGGUCUUCAGCUGGGGCCCUUGUUGCUGCCGUCAUGCUUACGGCUCCUAAUAAAAUCAAGCACUGCAAAGAAUUUACAUACAAUUUUGCUGAGGAUGUAAGACAACAGAGAUUUGGAGCACUCACACCUGGAUAUCAGUUCAUGUCAAAGCUGCGGGAAGGAAUUGAGGAGAUGCUGCCUGCUAAUGCGCACGUUCUGGCAUCUGAUCGCCUCCAUGUCUCAUUGACUCAUUCCAGAAGUGGCAAGAACCUCAUUGUGUCCCGGUUUAAUUCCAGAGAAGACCUCAUACAGGCACUCCUGGCCAGCAGCUUUGUGCCAGUCUAUGCUGGGCUCCAACCGGUCAAGUUCCAAGGAGAGAAAUGGAUUGAUGGAGGCUUCACUGACAGCCUACCAAUCCUGCCUGUGGGCCGAACCAUCACAGUGUCCCCAUUCGCUGGACAGCAGGAUGUGAGUCCAUUGCACAAGGGCCAUGCAUUCAAGUCCCAACUCAGACUGGCCAACAUGAACAUAAUGUUCUCGAUGGAAAACAUCAAAAGACUGAACCAGGCUUUGUUCCCGCCACCUACCAACAGAAUGCAGUUCCUUUGUCAGGAGGGUUUUGAUGACGCCUUGAGGUUCCUGAAGACGAAGGGUUGGAUGUGCUAGACUGACAGCUGGGAGUCAGGACAAAUGGUGUGAAAUUAAUUUCAUUCCAAAUAACUCUGUAGGUUAACCUGGUUCUGUUUUUGGUCCAGUAAGUGAAAGCAAGGACUUUUCUCAGGGAAAGACUAUAGAUGUGACAUUGUUAUUCCACACAUUCUUAUUUUAAGAAGCACGCAAACAAAUUAGGCAUUGAUCUGUGAGACUGGCAGGCAUCCAUUCUCAGAUGUGGUCGGCUCUUCUUAGCGAGAAGUCCCACAGCACAUUCGAUUUUGUGGAGUCAACAUUUGUUUUUGUAAGAUGUUGAUUUGCAGUGAUGGUUAAAAUACUUGAUGUCCCCCAUUAUGUGAGCUUACCUGCUGCUUGUGAUAAUGAGACUUAAUUGUGACUUCUUUGAAAUCAAGACAUCAGAGGCAAAGUAUUCCCCAGCUCACAUGUAUUAUUUUAUCCCAUCAUGCAGUAAAAUUCACUCCGACUAAUGAAACAGUCAAAGGGAUUCCCAGAGGCAGGCCCACUUGAGAAGCUGACUUCAGUAUUUGUUUAUUUCAUGAUGAGUUUUUCCUCAGUCGAGGGACGCAUAUUCCAUAAAUGAAAAUCAUCUGUUCAGUGUGCGUCUGUAUGCAUUUGUGUGUGUAUACAUAUGCAUGUCUCCUUUUGCAAAUAAAGUACAACCCUUUGAAAAUGAGA